CAUGUGACUGCGUGUCUCCGUGUUUAUAACUCGAUGGUGUUAAAACUCCCUACAUUCAUAAAACGCAUAAAUAGAUUUUCCACAACAUUAAGCUGAUAUAAGUUAUUAGUGUUUGUGAAUUUCAAAAUAAAAAAACAACGAAAACAAAAAAAAUCAAAGUAGUUAACUACAUAAAAAGAACGAAGAAUUUUUGCGUAAGCAGCAUACUUAACGGUAUUUUUGUAAGCUGCUUCCAGCACAGCAUCAGUAUCCUGACAUUGUCAUCGCUUUACGGCUUCUGUGACGCGCCUAAACGUAUGCAAAUUAUAUUUUGGCGUUGCAUCAGUUACGAAUACUUAUAUACAAAGCUCGCAUUGGAAAUAGGAUGCUGCUGCAGUGGUUCGUGAUUUGCCUGCUGGCAAUGCCCGUGCUGACGGGCACCGGCCAAAACUGCCCGACGGAGUGCGCGUGCAGCGUGGACGAGCACAAUCGCCGCCAGGUGAUUUGUACGAAAGGUGGCCUCAGCGCCAUGCCGGUGAGUCAGAUCGGCAAGGAUGUGCGCGUCAUUAUCAUCAAGGGGCCGGGCAACACCAUCACCAUCGGUCACUACUUUCGGAAUUUCUCGCAUCUCGAGGUGCUGCGCAUCACCGACUCGCAAAUCCCCUCGAUGGGCUCCGAAUGCUUCUUUGGUUUAGUCAAGCUGCGCAUACUGGAUUUAUCAAGGAACAACAUCACGAAUGUAAAUCGAAAUAACUUCCGAGGACAGGACAAUUUACAUGAGUUGGACUUGUCCAAGAAUAAGAUACUAAACAUAUCCAGCACAACGUUUGGUCAUUUAACCGAACUUCAAAGACUCAAUUUGGCUGACAAUUCUAUAUUGGAGCUCGUGCCGCGCAUAUUUUUCCUGCUCAACAAAUUGCGGUAUCUGGACCUGAGCGGAAAUCCAUUGCAAGACCUGCCACCCGAUGUGUUUCGCGAUUUGCCGGAGCUGCGCAUUUUCAAAUGCCGUAAUUGUCAAUUGAAGAAAAUCAAUCCGCAGUUGUAUAACUUAUUGCCAAUGUUGCAGGAGCUGGAUCUGGGACGUAAUGAGUUUAAAUUCCUCGACAAGGAUGAAUUUCGCGAUGUGAAAAACCUCACCAAAGUCCUGCUUGAUGGCAAUCAACUGUCCGUCGUUGUUGAUGAGCUGUUUCGAAAUCAAAAGGUUCUGCAACACUUGGACUUAUCGUACAAUCGACUGGCGAAAGUGCCCAAUGACUCGUUUAAACAUUUGGGCAAUUUGACGUUCCUUGAUUUGUCGUACAACAAGCUGGUGCGACUGGAGCCGCAAUCAGUGCGGCGACUGAACAAUCUGCAAACGCUGAAUAUUAGCGGCAACGUGCAGAUGAAUUUGCUUGACAUGCGCGAAACAUUCGAGGUCAUACCACAGCUGACACAUCUCUCGGUCGCCGACAUGGGAGUGCUGCCGAUGGGACUGCUGGUGCCGUUCAAGCAGCUGCGCUAUCUCAACAUAUCCGGCAAUCAUUUGGACAAUAUGUCACUGCAAGUAAUCGAUCCGUGCCGGGAGCUGGAGUUUUUGGACUUGUCGCGCAACCAAUUGUACGGCAUCAACGAGGACACAGUGGUGCGCAUCCAGCGCAUACGCAACGUGCGGCUGGACAACAAUCCGCUGAUAUGCGACGAGUGUCACAUGGGAAAAUUAAUAAAUGUCGUGCAACAUCUCCAGUGGAAAUGGGAAACUUAUCCGAUUUGCUUUUUGCCGAAACCGUUGCGCGGCUCUGAAAUCACUGAUUUGGACAUAUCGAAGCUGCAUGAUUGCUUGGACUACAUAACCGAUGAGGAGCAGAAUGCAGCCAGUACUUCGCACAAUUUUCUUGAACGAGGUGGCCUUAAUACUCUCGCCAUACUUGGUGGCAUUAUAUUGGUUUUAAUCGUUGUCAUCAUACUGGCUAUGGCUGUUUGUUUUUCCAAGCGACGAGCACGUUACUAUACACGUGAGGAUCGACUGAACGGAGGUGAGAGCGGCAAGUGCAUCGAAAAGGGUUUGGAAACCAGUAACGGAAAUGGCGUAAACGGCGGUAGCCCUCCUGAGCACGCUAAGACGCCUACCACUCCCACUAAUGAAAUCAACUUCAAAUUUCCCAUCGACGAUCGAGUUUGCACCAUCGACGAGCUGGUGUUGCCACCCGCACCACCACCACCUAGCAAAGAACCGCCAUCGCAGCUGCCACCGCCACCACCAGCCACAGCAAAUAGCGUACUGAAUAGUCUAACUUAUAAUAGUUGUACCGGCAAUAAUACGGCCACCGCCCUGGCGGCAGUAGCUGCAGCGGCCACCGUCAUACCACCCGGUGCGCCAUCGGCUGCGGGUGCCGCGGCCACCAUGUCGCCAGCACACAAUAAUCUACCAUCUGAAGCCAUCGUUGUUGUGCUGCCCACACCGCCAACGCAUUAUAAAACCGAACAACAACUGCAACAACCCCAGCAACUGCAGCUGACCACAAUCGAACCGCUGAUCAGCGUGAACUGACCGAUGGCUAUUGAUGUUGCAAGCGCCUCAGCCACCGCAGCAGCCACAAAUAAAAAUGUCAACACACCAGCGACGACGUUGGCGUUUUCGCCAUUGACCGCGAAAACGGGGAAAACGAUAGAAAGGGGAAGGCAAGUGGCGUUUACAACCACGACGCACACGUAAGUGCUCGCCACCAAUAUGUACACAAGCUGCAAGUGUAGCGAAGCGGAGUUAUAUUUUUUAUCAUUCGAAAACAUUUAACGAUAACUAUUUUUAAGAAACCUACAAAUAAGAUUGUGUAAAACGAAACAAAUUCGUCGUAAGCAGAAACGAUUAGAAUUGAGAAGUGUGGAGUAUUUCCAGUACUGACUCUAUCACUCAGUCUGACCCGACACUAAAGCCUCAUAUUGGACCAGUAACGGAUCUAUAAAUUCGUUACAGAACGUAUUUUUUCUUUCAAAAGUUUUUAAUAUUGUGGGUUAAACUUCAGAAUUUCCCAGUGUGGGGUCUUGGACACCCAUAUCUAAGCCCCCCUUCAACUCCGCCACUGCUUUGGACAACUGGAAAAUAUCAAAUUUCAAAUUUUUGAUGGGUGUUUCGCUGAGCUCUUGCUCUUAUUUGCUUACAUGAAAUUAUUUACAUAUUACAUAAGAGUUAAAGUUUGAGGUCGCAACAGAAGAAAAAAUUAGAUAUUUUUUCGUUGAAGACAAGAAGUAUUAGAAAAAAUCCCUUCUAUAUGUAAAUACUUUUAUUAACAUAUAGUAAGUUCAAAUGUGGAACUCUUUUAAGAGCUCAGAUGUUUUAAGCAAAAUUGCUAAAUUUUUUUCAACUUAACCUCAUCUUCCCUCGUUUUCUGUAAGUUCAUACCCGGUUUAUUUUUAGGCUUGUAUAGUUCGACAGACGUACUCUAGCUCCCAUAGCCUACAUUCAUAAUUCCAACUUCACUAUACAUAACCCUAUCGUCCGAUAACUCUCCUCUGCCCAGUAGUAAAGACUCUUCACACCUUCACACACCACUUGAGCCUAGUAAACCACCAAAGUGUGCACAGUACCACCACAGCAUUCAUAAACACCCAGAUAGUUAAUGGCCUUAACCAUAACCCAGCGAGAUAACGAUCGUCGUAGCGUUGGACAUGUCAAAAGCCUUUGACACAAUCAAUCACACUACGCUACUUGAGGACAUCGAAUAAACAACGCUCCCGCCAGGACAGAUGAGGUGGACCAUGAACUCGAGUUUCCGCGAGCUUCAUUCUGGUUACUACAGCUGGUUAAACUUCUACUUAUCUAUAAUAGACGCCGACGGGGAUUAGGUACGCUUUACAACAAUAAAACAAAAAACCUUUAUAAGCAUAUGUUCUCUGAUACAAUCCAAUAAAAAUUAAACCCCAAUAACCCGUUUUUCCAAACUAUUAUUUCCAACGAAACUGGGAUUGGUCCGAGGACUGCUAAGAAAUCCUUCCUCCUCCACAAAAAUUCACAAUAUGGCAGUCAAAUUUGAAGAACAGAGAUUACUUUGAAUCGCAGUAUGAUAUGGCUCGCCAUCUUAUCGAAACUAGCAAUUCUCAAAACAUUUUGCCUGCUAGCAAGCAGUAAUAAUAACAAAUCAACUACCGAUAACAAUUUCUAUUGAAUGUCCCAUGUAUUUAAAAAAAACAUGGCACGAAGAGUUGAUGAGAGAGAUGCUGGUCCAAAUAGUUAUCUUUGGUUUUUUUAAAAGUUACUAAAUUAGGUAUGUUUAUUCUCAGUAUGUUAACAAGCAGCAAGGUCUAAAAUCUACUUAAAAACUAUUUAGUUUUCUCUGUGCCUGCGCCUCUGUUUCCAACCAAACAACUUUCAUCUUCCAUCUUCUCCAUUUGGUUUCUAAUAUUGGAAAACUUCUCUAGUAACCACAGACUUCAUGCUUGCAACCCAAGUGAGCACCAACUUAUAUAACAUAUACCGUGUUUUGCGUCAGAUUCUACCAUUGAAUCCAACAUAUGCUCAGUAUACAUUUACUACUGAUGCACGGCAUUUAGAUGACGCUACUUCAUAUGUAUGCAAUGUCUGAGCUUUUGAAUGUAAUUGAGCCAUUUCCAUUGAUUUAAUUGCGGAUAUUGCGCGAUUACAAGAUAUGAUUCAAUUCCGCUUGUGCCACAACACGAAUACGCACAAGUGAAGAUACCCCUUGACACCGGAAAAAAACACUUUAUAUUGCUACAUGCGUACACAGAUAGGUACUGGCAGAAGAAUGCUUCCUCAGCUGAGCGCACACAUACGCUGCAAUUUAGUCAACACUCGAGAGCACUCAAUGUGAUAUGGUUCUCUCUCCGGUGAAUUUUAAUGAUUUAAUGCAGAAAAGCAUACCCAAUAACAACAGGCAGUGCGCUACAACAGCGGUUUUCGCAAAAUUCAAAAAGAAAAAAUCGUUUCAAGCUAUUUUUGCUUCAUUUCACUCAACUGCACUUCUUCUUCACCUAUCUUUGCAUUUAUGCAUUUCCAAUUUCCGGUGCAAUUAAAUAUCACGACGCCGCUAAUCAAAAAUUCCAUUUCUAAUUUAAAAAUACGAAAUAAUUUUCAAUUCAAUAAUUUCGAUAAUUGAACUGUACAGAUAAUAUUUCGUUUGCUCAUAAAUGUAUACUUCAAUACUCGCAUAUUUCUGUUGCGCCUAAAAGUAUGCUCCAAUUACAAUCGUUUCUGCUAAGAAGCGCAUGAGACAACCAUUUUUUGUUUAUGAAAACAUAACGGUGAAUAUGUGUGUAUAGCGAAAAAAUGCGAAAACCUAAUGAAGCAUAAAAUUAGGCGCGGAAGCGUGCCGCAAACGUUUCAUUUACUUGAUAAGAGAGAUUAAGAUUAAAUAUUUAGUGUGUACUACAUGCAUUUGCUAAGUUUAAGCGAUAAUGUGUAAGCUAUACUAAUUAUAGCCUGUAAGUAGCGGCGACACAUUCAAAAUGUGAUACUAACAAAAAAACAGAAAUUGUGUUUAGCAAAUUAUAGCAAAUAAUGUAAUAAAUUUGCAGAACUAACAAAUCGAAUACUGAUCUAUAGGGCUAACAGCAUAAGUAUAUAAGUAAUGUAAUUUAUAUAUGUGUAUAUAGUGUGUAAAAUGCACUCAAUGACAUUCAAAUGUAUGUAACACGUUUACCAUAUAAGCACAUUAGGGGUGUUCAUAUAAAUUAAAAUUGUUUUUUUUUAAUAUAUGUGCCUCUAUAUUCAUUGAAAAUGCAAGGAGAUUAUUUUUAAUUAAAACUUCAUCAAAAAUUUCUUUUUUUUAAUACAAAAAUUAUAAAGCAGACCUCUAUCCCACAGAGAGUUCAUGCUAAAGCGUUGAAAGCGGUAACUUUGCCACGAAAUGUGUCUAAAUAUAUUUGUGGCAAAUAAGUUGGCAAGUCAGUCGGACCAAAGACUACUUUGCUUUAUAAGCAAGUUGUUCCACUGCGGUCCUCAUUUGGAUCGUAAAAGUUAAAUGUCACUUUUCACACACAUGCAUGGCAAACAUUGAAAUUCGUGGCGUGUCAAACUCGGCAAAGGUCAGGCAAAUCAAAUUUGCUGUCGAAAGCCGCGAACAUUUUCUCCCGAACUGUCAGUAAAAAAUCUUAGUAAAACUAAUUGUAUUUAAAUUUAAACAAGUAUUAUCCUAAGUGUUGGUUAGUUAGGCUUAAAGCGUUUUAAUAUUUUAAGCACAAAGCGAAAAGAGUCUUCACAAACGACAAAAGACACAGUAAGUCUACUUAUAAGAUUUCACAAUUUACAAUUUAUAAAAAAAAAAAAA